CAUCGAGCCACGAGCGCGCGCAACAGGGUUCUGCGCUCGCGCGUUCGAGUAUUUGUAACCCACAUUGCUCGCUCGCGGACAGCUCAGUCAGCAGUUGACUCAGUGGCGGCAGGGGGAAGCGAAGAUCUGUCAGUUAACUCAAACCAAGUGCAUCCCUCCUCCUCUCUUCUCCUCUCUUCUCCUCUCUUCUCUUCUCUUCUCAGCGAAAAUGGUAAGGUUGGGAUACAGAUUCCUCAUGACCUCGACCCUCCAUCCGACCUCAAAUUUAAAGGUCCUUUCACAGAUGUGAUCACCACCAACCUCAAACUGAAGAACCCUUCUGACAGAAGAGUGUGUUUCAAAGUGAAGACGACCGCACCGCGCAGGUACUGUGUACGGCCGAACAGCGGCGUCAUCGACCCCGGAGCAACCGUCAUUAUCUCUGUCAUGCUACAGCCCUUUGACUAUGACCCCAAUGAGAAAAGUAAACACAAAUUCAUGGUGCAGACGAUUUUUGCCCCACCAAAUGUUUCUGACAUGGAUUCAUUGUGGAAAGAUGCAAAACCCGAUGAUCUCAUGGAUUCCAAGCUGAGAUGUGUCUUCGAGCUGCCUUCUGAAAACGAUAAAGUGAAUGACGUGGAUGCGACCAAAGCAGCCCCGGUGAUGAACUCUGUGAAGGGCGAGUCAUCGGCAGCCUCGAUGCCUGUCUCUGCCUCACUGGACGAUACAGAGCUGAAGAAAGUGCUGGAGAAGUGCAAGAGGCAGCAAGCUGAGAUGAACAAGCUGGCUGAGGAGAACCGGCAAUUAAAGGAGGAAGGUCUUAGAAUGAGAAAGGUACCCCGCUCAGACCACAUGACAUCAAACUCAACUAGCCUCCUCGGCCGAGAAGCCAGCACCGCCUCCCUGCCCUCCCUCCUCGUCGUCAUAGCAGCCAUCUUCAUCGGAUUCUUCCUAGGGAAGUUCAUCUUGUAG